AUGAACUGUGGCAAAAUGUGUUACAAAACCACCACACUGAAGGCAGAUGUUUUUUGUCAGAUUACUGAUGAAGAAACUCUGAGGCUUGGGGUGACAGCUGCUGGAAAGUGCUACCUGGAGUCGGACGUCAUGGACAUCCAUUCAUACAUCCAGUACUUGGAAUCUACCUUGAUUGGUUUGCAAAGAGGAAGCUCACAGGGAAUUCCUGUUACCUUCCAUCCACUUAGUGAGGGCUUCAACCUGUUAACUCCUGCCUCCAAGAUUAUGAUCACCUUUCAGAACAUGUUAACCAGGCUGCUCAAAAAGCAGCAAUAUGGAUUUCAAGUUGACGAAGAAAAUCUGAGCUUUGCAAAGCGGGAUGAGCUGGAUGCAGAUCACAGAGGACUUUGUCCUGGAAAAGAGGGGAGGAAUGAGUGCCUGGAGCCCCAGGUAGAGAGGUGUGAAAUUGACCAACUAUCCCCUCGCCAGGACACCCCACACAUCACCACAUGGGAAGCAGGCUGGAACAUUACCAACGCCAUCCAAGGUAUUUUUGUCUUGGGAUUGCCAUAUGCAGUUCUGCACAGUGGAUAUGUCGGUUUGUUUCUUAUCAUCCUCGCUGCUGUGAUUUGCUGCUACACUGGAAAAAUUCUCGUCGCCUGCUUAUAUGAAGAAAAUGAAGAAGGACAGCAUGUCAGAGUGAGGACAUCAUACGAAGACAUCGCCAAUGCCUGCUGCAAGCAAGUAUUCCCUAAACUAGGAGGCAGAGUUGUUAAUUGUGCCCAAGUUAUUGAACUGAUCAUGACUUGUGUUUUGUAUUUGGUGGUGAGUGGAAACCUCAUGUUUCACAGUUUUCCACAAGUGUCUGAGAAAACCUGGUUCAUAACAGCAUUUGUUAUUUUGGUGCCCUGUGUGUUCAUAAAAAAUUUCAGAAUAGUCUCAAAGCUGAGCCUCCUUUGCUCCUUGGUGCAUUUUGUUGUAACUUUUAUUGUCAUUGCCUACUGUCUGACACAGUUGCAACAAUGGUCGUGGAAAAAGCUCACCUUCACGGUGGACUUUGAGAAAUUCCUGAUUUCAGUUGGGGUUAUUAUUUUCAGCUACACUUCUCAAAUUUUCCUGCCCACCUUAGAAGGCAGUAUGAGACACAAAAGUGAUUUUGUGUGCAUGAUGACCUGGACUCAUUUGUCUGCAUGUCUGUUUAAGACACUCUUCGCUCUGGUUGCAUUUUUAACCUGGGGGAACCAAACAAAAGAAAUGAUCACAGACAAUCUGCCCUUCACCCUGCGGUUCCUGGUAAGUGUGUGCUUGGUGGCAAAGGCUCUCCUUUCCUAUCCACUGCCUUUUUACGCAGCUGCUGAGGUUUUACAAAACUGUCUCCUGAAGCUGGGUUCAAUUGAAGGCAAGGUGCUUAUUUUGCGAGGAUGUUUGUUGCUGUCAACCCUCCUAAUGGCCAUGUUCAUGCCUCAUUUUACCCUCUUAAUGGGAUUAACAGGCAGUGUCACAGGUACUGCAAUGACUUUCCUCCUCCCUUCAUUUUUUCACUUGAAAUUACUGUGGCACAAAUUGGGCCAUUUUGAAAGGUUCCUGGACAUUUCUAUCUUACUCCUCGGAUUAUUUUGUGCUAUUUCAGGCAUAUUCUGUUCCGCAAAGGGGUUAAUUCUAGCUUUACAGAAAAGUUAA